UUCACCGGAAGCGCCGCGCUUGGCGGCUAACUCUGAGAUUUCGAAAAGCGAGAGGGACUGGAACUCAGCAGCGCGCGGAGAAAGACGCCACCGCGCCGGAAGGACGACAAUUGCGAGCGCGCGACAGAUGCUUCGGCGGCGGCAUGGGCCAGAUCACGCGCGGCGCUCCCUCUGUCUUCCUCCUCCCUCCUCUGCUACGUCACGCCCCCCCCCGCCCCCCAUUAAUAACUCUAGAGUAAAUCAGUUGAAGAGUGAUUGAUUUUUGGUUACCUUUUAGGGAGACAGCAGGUCUUCUCCUUCCCCAACACAGAGCACACGGGAGGACUGGCGACACACUACGGGGCUUUAGCCACAAGGAGGUCUUGGCGGUUGUUGGCUUCAGUUAGGGUUCCAGACUCUUUCCCCCAGCUCUUAAUUGUCUUUUUUUUUUAAAGUAAGUUUCUAGUCCCUUUGGUUAAGGAGACGUAAGAGCAAACACGCCGGCAGUAUUUCUGUAUAGCUGUUCAGUAAAAAGCAAACCUACUCACACCUUGCAGUUUUCCAGCCAAUGAGGGCAAAAGCACUGCACUUGAAUGCAUACGUGGUUCCCCCCCCCUCUCCAUUUUGACAAUGAAAGAUCAUGCCAUGAUAAAUGUCUUAGUCGUUGGUGGGUUAUGUCUCUUAGAUGUGGAACUCUUCGUUAUUUUUGCUACUACAGAGGAAUGUGGUGACAUUUCCAGCAUAAAAAUGUGGAAUUGUGACUUCUGCCCCAGCACCUGCAUUAUUCCAAGGGUGAUAUAUGUUACCUUGGCAAAUGCGUGUUUCCAUUCCUGUAUGUGCUGAGGUAAUGCAGGCUGGGGGAUGACUGCAUGGGAAAAUAUAUGGAAAGGAGUGAGGUGAACAUAAUAGCAGAGACCACCGUGAUGUCUCCCAGUAUUCACUGAUGUUGUGGACUUCAGCAUGAUGAAACCAGGGUCCUUUAUCUGUUCACUGUGCCCUUCUGAAGUCACCUCAUCAAAAGUUCUGUAGCAGCUCAACGCUAGAAUGGAAGAAUCUCACUUCAACUCCUCUCUGUAUUUCUGGACAGCAGUGCCCACCGUCUCAGGACAGAUUGACAACAGUAUGUUCAUUAACAAGAUGAAGGAGCAACUGUUGCCCUCGGAGAAGGGCUGUGGCCUGGCUCCCCCGCACUAUCCUACGCUGCUGACAGUACCCACUUCUGUGGCUCUGCCCACCAACAUCUCUAUGGAUUCUGACACCAAGCCAGAACAGCUCACCCCACACAGCCAGGCAUCUGUGACGCAGAACAUCACUGUAGUGCCUGUGCAGUCUGCUGGGCUCAUGACAACAGGUCCUGGCCUAGUCAUCACGUCUCCCUCUGGGUCGCUGGUAACCACAGCCUCUUCUGUGCAAACCUUUCCCAUCUCGGCCCCCAUGAUUGUUUCAGCACUUCCCCCUGGCUCCCAGGCAGCUCUCCAAGUCGUACCUGACCUUUCCAAGAAAGGGGCUGUUGCCCUUUCAGACAGUGGCGCAGCCAGUGGUGCCGGGGGUAUAACCCCCAAAGCUCCCAGAGGUCGAAAAAAGAAACGGCUGCAGGAGCGGUGGAGAGCGAGUGCUCUCCUCACCUCAUUAAAAAAAAAAUCAUAUGUCAGCCACGCCUGACUGACUGCGGCGCUCUUGGGGGGGGGGGAUCCCCUUAAUGCACUGUGCACUCACACGGAGCUCCAGGGGAUGGGGUGACCCGGCUCAGAGCUACUGGCAGCAGCCGGUACUCAUCUGGUCGGGCAAUCCGCUGCCUGCCCAAGGAAAGGAAACUGCUCAUCUGCAGUCUGUAAGCUCUUCGGGGUUUCCUCCCUGCAAACCCUAUUGCCAUUUCUCACUGCUCAUGAGAAACAGCUCAUAGUCCUUUUUGUCAGGGAGAGUUGGAUGCACCUUUGGUUGUCCUCAGACAUCUCAGUUGGCUUUGGCUCAUCAAUUCCAAAGUCUAACAGUAACUCAUGCAGCCAUGUGGCUUCUGGACAUUCUUGGCCAGCUGAUAUGUACUCUGCUUCUGUGGAUGAAAGUGCAACAAUUGACUGCUUGUGGUUAGUCCGACUGAUGGCUCCUCCUCCAGAGAAAAACAAAUUUCCACUUGUGGACUUACAAUCUGUUCUGUCUUAAGAAGAAGACCCAUUUACAUCGUAUUGACUUACUUCCAGCAGGUAGUUCCACAAGAACUACCUUUUUGUGUAGAGAUUCUAUCUUCUGCAGCUUUCCUCCAGUUUUUAGCUUCACAUGUCAGCAGUCUUUCAACGUCUUCCCAUCUGCAGGGUCCCUGGGUCCCUUUCUGGCCACGUAGACCAGUGAUCGAGAAGGGGGAAAAACAAAAGAAGAUGAAAUCUACCCUCCUGAGCUCUCUAACUGGGUUAUGGGCCAGUAUUUGGUUUGGAGAGACUCUGGGUGAUGAAUCAUCCAUCCCUCUUGGAAUUUCUUUCAGCAGGGUUACUUUGACCAGGGCCUAUGUUCUGAGAACAAUUCACUUUUUGAUAUGUGUUUGUGGGUAUUUAGCUCAGCUAGCUACCCCAUCCCUAUUCUGCAAUUACUCUAAAAAAUGAAGGGCUAGUAAAUAGGAAGAGAAACUCAAGAGGAUCAAAUCCCUCCAAAACACUUGGGGUUAUUUAAAGCUACAGUGAUAGACACACAACUUUAUUUAUUUAUUUAUUUAUUUAUUUAAUUUUAUUACAUUUAUACACCGCCCAAAAUGCAAGUCUCUGGGCGGUUUAGAACAGAACAAUAAAAACAGAUAAAAAGGUUAAAACAUUACAAAAAUUAAAAUGUAAAAUGUUAAAACUAUUAAAAACACAAUUAAAACAAUAUCUAAUUAAAAGCCUGGGUGAACAAAUGCAUCGUGACUGCAUUUUUAAAAGUUGUAAGAGAUGGGGAGGCUCUUAUUUCAGUAGGAAGUGUGUUCCAAAGCCUCGAGGCAGCAACAGAGAAGGCCUGUCCCUGAGUAGCCACCAGAUGAGCUGGUGGCAACUGCAGAUGAACCUCUCCAGAUGAUCUCAGUGGGUGGUGUGGUUCAUAGUGAAGAAGGCAUUCUCUUAAAUACCCAAGGCCCCAGCUGUUUAGAGUUUUAUAGGUUAUUACCAAGACCUUGCAUUUUGCCUGGAAACUUAUCGGCAACCAGCGUAGAUCUUUUAAGAUAGGAGUGAUAUAGUCUCUCCUAGUUGACCCGGAGACCAACCUGGCUGCCGCAUUCUGGACCAACUGCAGUUUCCGGACUACGUACAAAGGCAGCCCCACAUAGAGCACAUUGCAAUAAUCAAGUCUGGAGGUGACCAGCAGAUGUACUACUGUUCUGAGGUCAUUUAUCUCAAGAAAUGGACUCAGCUGGCGUAUCAGCUGAAGCUGAUAAAAGGCACCUCUGGUCACUGCCUCAACCUGGGACACCAGGGAGACGUUUGUAUCUAGAAGUACCCUCAGACUGUGUACCUGUUCCUUCUGGGGAAGUGUGACCCCAUCCAGAACUGGCAGAUCAAAAUCAUCUCCCAAAUUCCAACCCUGCACAAUAAAUACCUCCGUCUUAUCUGGAUUCAGCCUCAGCCUGUUACCUCUCAUCCAGCCCAUCACUGCCUCCAGGCAGGCAUUUAGGGAGGUUAUGCCUUGUCCUGAUGAUGUUGACAGGGAGAAAAAGAUGAAAAACUAGAAUAUACUGUAUACCACAAAUUAGGAAACGUACCAUCAAGUCCAAGAUGAUGCUUACAUGGUUGACAGACAGAAUCAAGGAGAGCAUAAAAGCCAAGAAGAUUUUCUUCAGAAAAUAUAUGGAAACUAGUUAUUUUUGGCCCGUUAAAUUAACGGGCGCUAGGGGAGUUGUGCACUCCGGGCCCCCUGUCGU